AUGGACGAGGAAUAUGAUUACUCUCCCUCGGAUACCCAGGCCCUGUUCCUGCUGAGUGCGUACAGCAGCCAGGACCAGCAGCCCACCCCCGCUCUGCGCAAGAUCUUUGAUGACCCUGACAAGGGAUUCCUGAUCUUCCAGGCUCUGGAGCGCCAGGCCAAGCUGCUCGCGCGCCGCAAGGAGGCGGCGGCGGGGUCGGAGGACAUUGCUGAGCUCUCCAUCUACGACAAGGCCCUGAUGGCGCUCUACAGCCGCUGCGGCGGUGAGGAGAAGAAGCUCACUGUCCCUGGCUGCUGGGGUCUAUUCAAUUUCUUCCUUGACCACUUCGUGGGCAUCGAUCGUCUGGAGCUGCAUGAAGCGGCCGAUGAGGUUUUGGACCAGUACCUGGAGUUCCAGAAGUCGCUGAAGGCUGAUCAGUCUCCUCCCUCGGUGAAGCUGGCCGUGAAGGAUGCUCAGAAUGACGUUCAGAAGACCCAGAGCGCUUGCUUCAACCGUAUGAUCGAUGUUUACCAGGUUGCCAAGUUGGAUUGCUACCUCACUGAUGCGAACAAGAACCGUGACAAGUUCCAGGUUGUCCGCUUUCUCCGUGACACCGCCGAGAACCUGCUCACCCAGAUGCUCCAUGCUGGGUACGGAAACCACCCGCUGGUGCCUGAGCUGCGCCAGGUCUAUGAGGUGAGCAAGUCCCACGCCGAGCAGCUGUCGGGCGGUCGCAAGCGCCCCUUUGAGAUCGAGCACUUGCCCUCGUACUCUGACGUUCACCCGACUGGUGGCUAUUCGUCUGCUGGAUACCCAACUGGCGGCGUUCCUUCUGGUGGCAUUCCUUCUAGCGUUUACGCCGCUGCUGCCCUCCCUUCCAGUGGCUCCCCUGCCGCCGGCUAUCCUUCUGGUGCUGGCUACUCUGCGGCUGCUGGCCACAAGAACCGGCGUUUCAUCGAUUCUUACCGUCCUGCGCGUGAGUAA